CCACGAUAACACUGCCAACUUAUUGGUGUACAUCAGUGGGCGCUUGUCGUGUUGGUGAAAAAAAAAAUUCUUUUGUGUAUUGUGCAAGUUGUAAUUUGGUAAACAUGCAGUCCCACCAAGGACAGCCACCAGCCUAUGCUCCUCCACCACCAUACUCAGACCGUCCGAUGGUGCACGGCACCACGACGGUCAUCACCACAGCCCCGGCGCCUGCCAUGAUGCCGGCUGUCAUCAUCACCCCAGGCCCAGCCGUGGGCUCCCAGCCCACGAUACUAAACUGCCCCAGCUGCCAGGCCCAAAUCGUAACCAGGGUUGAGAGCAGUCCGUCGGUCAGGACACAUCUUAUAGCUGCCUGCUUAUGUUUAUUCAUUUUCUGGCCGUGCACCUGUCUUCCGUACUGCAUCGGCUCCUGCAACAACGCCGACCACUACUGCCCGAACUGCAACGUGUAUCUUGGAAGCUACAAAUUUUAAAUAACCUCUAACUCUAAAGCGCAAUACACAUUGAGCCCGCCGGGCCGCCGAUAUUAUGUCGGCAACUUUUUGUCGGCGGUCAAGUUGGCGGCUUCACUAUUACAAGUCGGAGAAUUUGGUCGGCGGCAUGUCGGCGGCUUGAGAUGAGAAAUUUAUUUGGCAAUCAGCAUACAAGCACGUCACUACAGGUCAAACGUCGCCGGGCAAUUGAGCGCAGGCGUACCCAAGCCGCCAACAUGUUGUCGGGUAACACGCGCGGGCGCAUGUUGCCGACAUGAUUCUUUUCAUAUAGGCCGCCGGGUUAUGUCGCCGGGUUUUGUCGGCGGCCCGGCGGGCUCAGUGUGUAUUGCGCUUAAGCCUAGGCGUCGACAUCGAAUUUUACUUGCCCGAUAGUUGGGUCGGGCUGUUGAUCAGUAUGGAGAUGUUUGAAAGUGCGCACUACACCAAUUUGGUAUCGGCCGAUUUUUCAUACAAACAAAUUAGAAUCGGGCCCAACUAUCGGCCAACUAAAAGUCGGUGGUCUGCGCCUAGGCUAACCGUAACUAUAACGAUAACCGGUGUUUUUACAUGGAGUUUGACAGAUGUUUGACGUUUGUUAUAGUUAAAGUAAGAUGAUGCAACCCAGCCUAAGUUGUUUAGUUUAAUGUUUAAUAUUUUGAGCAAAAUAAAAUAGAGUCAACAUUUACAAUCGUUUAAGUAGGCAAAGAGGUAGAGGGAGAUAGUUCAAUAUUGAGCUUAUGUCUCGAAAAAUCAUCAUUGUAUUGUUAUAUGAGGCAUAUUAAUAUUGAAUGUUAAUAAGUAUUCUUUGUAUCUAUCUAUUGUGUUGUAAGAUAGUAACAUUGUUCAUGUCAAAAUGUGACCAUGGCCAAGCCAAGUUUUUGUAAAUAAUAAACCUUAUUUUAUAAUGAAUAGUGCAAUGAAAAUAAAAAUAUAUAUUUUAUAGUAUUACGAUUAUGGAUUUUUUGUUAUUUGAAAAUAAAUAUUUAUUAAUAUUUUUA